AUGCAUGAGAAGUGGUUUGUCUUUGCGAGGACGCCUCUCCGGUUUUCGCUUCAGGAGUACCAUGUUGUGACAGGCCUCAAAGUUUCUCGGGAAAGCAACAGUGACGUAGUAACAUGGAAAAAUGACGGGGGGUUUUGGAGUAACCUACUAAGGACUGGUGAUAAGAUCACCUUGAAGUCGAUCCCAAAGGUGCAUCUAAAAGAAGUUCAAAAGUGGACUCGGAUUGAUAGGAUGAGGUUGAUCUACCUAUGUGUGAUAAUGGGUGUGGUGAUGGGGAGAGACGAGAAGGUGAACAUCCCUGAUAUGUACAUCAAGUUGGUGAUGGAUCUUGACCAGCUCCGGAAGUUCCAUUGGGGUCUUCACUCGUAUGACUUCCUGCUAAGUUCUAUUGAGAAGGCUAGGAAGAAGUUGGGUAAGAAGGACAGCUACAUUUUUGAGGGUUUCUCAUAUGCUCUCCAGAUUUGGAUUAUGGAAGCAAUUCCUGAUUUUGGAGAAAUAUGUGGGAGACAAGUCUCUGGCAGCUUCGUCGGUCCAAGGUGUGGCAAUUGGAAAGGAGUUGCAAACGUUUCUUAUGAAGAAAUCAUUGAGCUUGAGGACUCCUUAACUAAGAAGGGUGACUUGUUCUCGGUUAUUUCAGAGACUGGUAAUGGUGAUAUGUUUCUGCAUGUUGACUAUACAAGGAAGGGUGAGAUGGAAGAUGAACGAGUGGACCUUCUUCUAGAUAGGAUUAGACAGAAGUUUGAUUGGAGCAACACAGAAUGGCCAGUUUUAGAGCCUUAA